AUGAGCAUGCGCAAACAUUUGCACACAAAAAAUCGACAACUUCCGAGAAGAAACUUCAGUCUUCAAAGCGUUGGCGUUUUUACUGUUUAGCAACGUGGAAUUUUCUCCUUAUGUAAAUUACCAUAACGAAGAGCCCUUGACAGCUGCAAGUAAUAAAAUAACUGAAAAAAAUUCGUUUCUCUUAGUCCACUAGCUGGUAUUGUUCUCGAAAUUUAAAAACUUUGGCGGGAAAAUUUUGUUGUCAACAAACGUCACGUGGCUUGGUGAGUUAAAACUUAAAAGUUGGUGGUUUUUGCCAAAUAAAUGUACUUAAACUUUUCCCAAAUAAAACCACUUGUCUCUUGAAAGCGUCCACAACAAAGAAGACAGCUGUAUCACUAAGCAAUAACGGUAAUGAAUAUUUAAAUUUUGCGUAGGCAGGCAAUUUGAUGCUUCGAGUUUUUCAUGAAUAAAUAAUACCUCGCACAAACGGCAGGUGCAAUUGAUGUGUUUUUUUUAAGAGCAACUAGAAUAGACCAAGAGUCAAACCACGAAUGGAAAUUUCGUUUAUAUUUUGAACAUUUUAGGUAGCAUUCGCUCGAGAAUACUCGCUUAUUAAACGGGGAAACAGCAGAUUAAAUAUGAGAGGUGGAAUUUACAGUAUUUUAUUUCUCUUCGCUGUGAUUUUGGUGGAUACGUCGUCGAGUGAUAUAAACGAACGUUUUUCUGACAAGACUUACGAUGACUCAGUAUGGACAUUCUCAAGGAAUUACCGGAACGAAAAUGAGAAUGAAGAUGAUGAAAUCAAACGCAAAGCUGGACAAGAGGAAAUAGAUAUCAAGAUGCCUGACGUAUCGCCACAGAAGGUAUUAAAAUACUGUUUGUAUAAAACUGAAGUCACAGUUAAACGAACACGAGUGUUUAUAAAUAAUGAGAGUUGAGAAGCGAGAGUUUGUGUGUGAGGGGUUUCUCAAUUCCCAUGUCCCGGUCACACGAGAACAAGAGUUGUGUGAGAGUUGACUGGAUAUUACUGCCAAAGGAGCAAAAACUUUCAUCAACUCUCGUAAACAUUUCAACCAGCUUAAAGUUGAUCAAAGUUGAUAACAGUUGAUGAAAGUCCAUGAAGGGUUGAUGAGAGUUGGGCGAUCAAACGUGAGUGAGAUUUGGAUCCUUCACGAACUCUCGUCAACUCUAAUCUUGGUUUGACCAGGGCACAGAGUAGAGUAGAUACAGAGUGCUGACUUUGCCAAAACCCUGUAAUUCCUGCCACGCUAUGUAUUCUCAAUUGCAAAGCACUUGCAAUGCUUUUUCCAUGUUAUUAGUCAGUGUGUCUACAAGAGGCACCCCACUGGGCACAUACGUUAGUGAAAAAAUGUUGCGAUGUCGCAACCUAUUGUAUCAACGUUGCUCUGACAUUGUUUGUUCUGCAUCAGCUAACAGAUGUUGAUUCAACAGUUGUUCAUGGUAGAUUAUACAACGUCAAGUAGUCUCAACGUUGGUUCAACGUUGUAUUAUGGUUGAUGAGAUUGGAAACCUAAACUGAAUCAUUAUGUUUCAACUGAACAUCAGCAGAGUGAUGUCAAUCCAAUUUGCAUUUUCGAUCCUUUUUCGAUGUCUAUCUAAUGUCAGUAGGAGGUCAUGUCUGAUGUUGUGUUGAAAACAUCAUUUGCGCCGCUGGGAGAGGUCUGACUCCGCCAAAAACCCACAACUGCUGCCAUGCUAUGUAUUCUCAAUCUCAAAGCACUUGCAAUGCUGUUGCCAUGUUCCUAUAGCCAGUGUAUUUAUGAUAAGCAUUCCCCCUCCUGAACGUCUAAGCCAAGCUGGCUAUAAUAAAUUGUGAAUGUUUUCAGGGGGUGACAACCUCCCUUAGUGCACUAGCUAGGAGCAUAUGGCGGCUGCUUCUGCUAACAUCAAAGGUGGUGGCAUGAAGUUGGACUUCUUUACGUGUUUAUUCUCUGACCGGUACAUUAGGAGAAACACAGUACAUUUCUCGUGAGGUUAUACUUACAUAAGCACUUCAUAAAAGGCUACAGCUGUACCUGGUUAUGGCUAGUUUUAUUCAUGCCUAGUACAAACAUCUCAAUAUAAUAUUACUACCAGAGCUAACCAUAGACAAUCAGGAUAUUCCUCUCAAUGAGUUAACAUAGCAGUAUGACAAAAUAUGGCGGGAAGCAAAUGUUUGGGACACGGCUGUAGAUUGAGAAGUGAACUGGUAAACAGAUUGUUGGCAUGGCAAGUCAAUGGCAGAACAACUUGCUACCAAAGGUUAUGCACAAGACUUGCAAUAGAAGGACUUGGCAGGCUGUACUAGCUUAAUUGCCAAGUUCCUAUGCAAUACUUUUUGUUCAACCUCAAAAAAUAUCAAUUAAAACAUUACACAGGGACCAAUAUAAUUUUGUAAGAAUUACUUUCAACAUCCUGCUCAAUAUUAUCAAUCAUAUAUAUAGGUGCUAAAAUAUAUGCAUAUUAUAAUUACAGGCGUAUGCUUGUGAAUUAGCGUGCUUGGCUUAAGUGAAUUAACUGUUAAGUAAUGCAUGUAAUUGCGCCAAUGCAAAUGUGCUCUAUACUUCAUUAUUUUAAUAUGACUGUAACUGCAGAUAUUUUUCUAAUCAAGGGCCAGCACCAGUGAGCUCCAUGCAUACAUAUCUGCAGCAUAAACUUGAAUCCAAAAAGUGAUUUCCACUGUCUUGACACCUAAUUGGCUUCACUUUGUUUUCUCGUAUAGGCUGAAUGGCUGAAGUUGUUGCUCCAGAUAUAUAGAGCUCAGUGGUAAUGGCACUCAAUGGGUUAAUCAGACUAUCUGCCCUAUUUGUCUAUAGUUAAUCCAUUAUAGUUGCAUUGCUCUCUAAUGGAUGUGCCCUAGCCACUUUAUUGUUUUACUCUGUCUAAUGCCAGACCAUUUUACUUGUCAAGGGGAGAGCUAGUGCUGGUGCUCAAUGAGUUAACAUUAAUUUAUACAUUUUAGCCUGACACAUACUUCUGUACUGCAAAGAAGAUGCCUGACGAAGAUGCAUAUAUAGGUACAGUACGGUAUUAUAGCAGUGGCUGACACCUCAAAACAUAUUGGGGGAGGGGCAGGUUUAAGGUUGAGGUUGUCACUGUAUUAUCGCCAUUUUAGUGUGGGAAAGUUCAGUUCUUUAAUUAACUUUUUAACUGGCAAUGUACCCUGAUCAAUGAUCCUUACUCUAUUGCUUUCUGCUGCCCCUCAGUGGGUUAAUUAAGCUGUAUUGCCUAAUUAAGUUACUGUAUAUUUCAUGCAAAUUUGCAUACUUUAUUUGAGCUAAAAAUACCAUUAUUAUACCCACAAUGGACCUUUCCCCUUAUAACUAAAGUUUCGAUCUAGACACAAAUUUCAUCACAGCUUGAAAGAGCAUCACAAAAUUAGUAAUAUGCCAAAGUUUUGUUGCAAAAUCUUGUAAAAUGCGGAUAAUAUAGCCUUGCGAAGUUUGCCGUUUUUCAGUCAUUUUGUAUUACAAACGGGAAAUUGACAUCCAAUUCGGGUGUUGGGGCUGCAAUUUCCCGUUUGUAAUGCAAAAUGACUGAAAAUUGCAAACUUCGCAAGGCUCUAUUUUCCUCAUUUUACAACAUUUCGCAACGAAAUUUUGGAAUAUUACUAAUUUUGUGAUGCUCUUUCAAGCUGUGAUGAAAUAUUUGUCUAGACUUGCCUAGAUCAAAAUUUUGGUUAUAAGGGGAAAGGUCUAUUGUUCAGCUAUAUGUACCAUUCAAUGGCUUUCAGAAAUUUUUUGAGGGGAUGGUUUCCCUGCCCUAUACAUAAGAUCCAUGGUCACUUAGUAUAAGAUCAAAAAUAAUAUGAGCACUUGUUGCAUUUCAUAAUGACCAAAAGUGCCCCACUUUGUCUAAUGCUACUAUGCUAGAUGAUUUUACUCACCUUGGGAAAGUGUGAUGUUGUGUGUCCUUAAAUGCGCCCUACUUUGUUAUUCCCCAGAUUAUUUUACUCUGUCUAAUGCCAGAUGAUUUUACUCGUCAAGGGGAGAGUGCUGGCACUUAACAUGUUAACAUUACUUUUCAGUGGGGUAUGAGCCUCAUGCUAAGAUGCAGACUGCUCAUCACAUGUUGAUGUUUGGUUGUGAUGACGUUGAUGGCAAGGGCUCUGAAGGACACUGGUAAGGGUUUAAAACAUCACAAAGUUUGUUUUUGUUAUCAUCUCUCAUACACGCUGCAUGGCACCAUUCGAGAUAAAUCUAACAGCAGUUUCUUUGGAUGGCAGGGGGGAGGGGAUGCCCCCUGGCUAUAUUACUACAUGCCCUUGGACUCCCCAGUAACAAGUAUGUCUAUUAUAUUUUUAUUUCUUGCAAUGGAAAUUUUAUAUCUUCCUAUGUUAAAUGUUUUGGAUUCGUUUGUGAUUAAGUAGAGUUGUUACUGUAAAAAUAUCCUUUAAAAUCUCCAAAACACAUACAUGAAAAAAGGUAAUUGCAUUUAUAUUAUUAAACCUUGCACGGUCAAAUGAAAUUUUUGCUUGACGUGAUACAAUUUCAACUCGACAAGAUCACGUCAUUUCGUUACCAGUCCCAUGCUUAAACAACUGUAGGGAGCCCCCUUAACAGACACCUUUUCUUUCUUUAAUUUGUCUUUCAAAAGAAAACUGUCUCCUCAAAACUUAAACUCGAAGGGAGGGGGUUCGACUGAGUGUAUAUUAAAUUCUUAACUUUAUCAACAGGGAAUGUAACGAAAUGGGAGGAACUUGUAAAGGAAGAGUGAAUAAGAUUAUGUAUGCUUGGGCAAUGGACGCUCCUGCAUUAAGCCUUCCCAAGAGUAAGUAGUGAAUUUAAGUUGAAACUUAUUUUGUCAUAACACUGAAGUAGAUUUUCUCUUUCAUACAUAAAUCUUGGCAAGUGCUGUGCACAGGGAUGGGAAAAAUAGUUAAGAAAUUUUAACCAGCUGCAGAAAAUUUAUUAAUUUGAAGAUUUGUAACUCAUUAAAGCUGAAUUUGAAGAACAAACCGUCCAACUGUUCUCUUGACAGCUACGUACUCUUGACUUGAAUUUAGACGACUACUUCUCAACAAGGGCGGAUCUACCGUGGGGUACAGGGGGAGUGCAUCCCACCAAUUUGUGCUUCGACUAUAUAUAGUUAGCGAUUAGCAGAACGUCUACUACUAGCGUGCGUCGAUUUCUUAAAACGAUUUGAUUGAGUUGUGAGCUCAUGCUUUAGUUAAAUAUUAUGGUCAGUAAAUACGUAAACUCAGUUUUACAUUGUCGAGAUUGUUAAUUUAGGUGGAUAAGUAUUUAGGCUGCAGAAAUCAUUCCUUAUCACUGACAUAUUUAAAACCAUGCUCAGUACAGUAGAUAGUAUUUACCUAUAUAUAUAUAAAAGACAAACUUGAGUUACUUCGUUUAAAACAUUUAUUCACGACAAAUUUGUUUCGUAUGGCAAACUAAGCUUGCCACACUCAUCAGGUGAAUGAUAAUAUCGCGUAUUUACAUGAUGUUAUGGGUUAUAACAUCAUGUAAAUACGCGAUAUCAUCAUUCACCUGAUGAGUGUGGCAAGCUUAGUUUGCCAUACGAAACAAAUUUGUCGUGAAUAAAUGUUUUAAACGAAGUAACUCAAGUUUGUCUUUCAUUUGCUCUACUUACGUAUCGAGCACUCUAUUCGUAUGAUUCGACACUCAAUAUAUGUUAUAUAGAUGUUAAGAAAUACGCCAGUCUGUAGGAAUAUUUUAUUUUCAGGGUAUGUUCACAGAAAGAGAAUUCUUUUUUCCACUGCAAAAUUUUUCCACUGCAAUUAAUUUUGCUUGACUAUUCUGAAUGCUAUUUUUUCAGAUGUUGGUUUCCAUGUUGGAGGGAGCAGUCGAAUAAAAUACAUUGUUUUGCAAGUCCACUAUGCAAAUGUUGACAAAUUCAAAUGUAAGUCUUUUGUUUUGGAAAAACAGCGAAUGUUAUAUUUUAACCAAUCAACUUCAGUUCUAACUUAAAACAUGUUUUUAGUGCAUCAUGGAACAGACCAUUCUGGCGUUGUGUUACGUCUUCAAUCGAAAAAGUAAGUCGAAUUGGCCGGUGCGUGGCCUAAAUGAUGUGUACAGUUAAGAUUUCCCAUCUAUAAAAUUUAUGUCCAAGCCCAAAACUUGCGAGGCAAUUUUGAUUUGUUUUUGAAAACUGAACUUAAACAGGAAGUGUUGACCCGUUGUCAAAUCGCGUACACUAUAUAUGCCUGAUAAUGUCAUAUACUGAUGAAAGCAGUUUUAUUAUGUUUUGAUUAGAAAAAAAUAGUUCACAUUCAUUCGUCUCAUAUUUUCAGGCCAAAGUAUUUUGCUGGGAUUUACCUGGUGGCUGCCGGAGGUCCCCCUAUUCCUGCUAAGCAAAAAGGUAUGAAAAAUUAACAGGUACUUCUAACAAAGACGAAAAUAACUGUGCUUACUUUUUAUGUCCUCGUAAAAGCUUAUUUAUAAUGUUAAACGUGUUUUAUUUGCAGUAUUUGACAUGAACAUGGCUUGUCAGUAUACGAUGGGUCCUGAAAUGCAUCCGUUCGCUUUUCGAGUCCACACACACAAGUUGGGUAAGAGUCGGUUUUAGUAAUAUCAAUUUUGAAGAUACCAUAAAGACGUACAGAAAGUGCAACAAUGUGGACAACAGCAACAAGACCAACACAACAACAACAACCUUCACCACCAACAACAACAACAACAAUAGUCAGCGACGACCAACAACAACAACAAUCACCACUACCAACAACAAAAACUAACAACAACAGCGAUAUUAAACAACAAAACAACAACAACAACAACAACGACAACCCAUAACAACAACAACAACACAAACUAACAACAAUGUUCAGUCAAAACAACAACCAACAACAACACAAAAGCUAGCAACAACAGAAACAACAACAGCAAGUCAGCAACAACAACAACAACAACAACAACAACAACAACAACAACAACAACAACAACAACAACAACAACAACAACAACAAAAAGUAAGAAUAGCAUGGACAGUAACAAUAACAGCAGCAACUCUAAAACAUUUUAUCAAAUAUCAAUGGCAGCCACAACUACAGAAACCAACAACUAUAGCGACAACAACAACAACAACAACAACAACAACAGCAACAGCAACUAACAGCAACAACCCAUAACAACAACAACACAAAAGCUAACAACAACAACAACAACAACAACAACAACAACAACAACAACAACAACAACAACAACAACAACAAAAAGUAAGAAUGGCAGGGACAGUAACAAUAAACAACAGCAGCAACUCUAAAACAUUUUAUCAAUGACAGCCACAACUACAAAAAAUAACACCAACAAAUAAGUGAAAUAACAAAGAUGAACUAUAAAGAUGUAUAUUAUAAUUAUUAGACUCUCACACAAUAAACCAAUCCCCAUUUUUAGGAUAUGUGGUAACUGGUUACAGAGUACGCGAGGGUAAAUGGCAUCUUAUUGGCAAGGGUGAUCCAAGACGUCCUCAGGUUAGACACAGUAACAUUCAUCCAUAGAUAUGUGCACACGCAGCAUUUAUGUAUUUAUUUUGUUUCAAUCUAUAAUAAAGACAUUCUCAUGUUUACGUAUUAUAAAUAUUUUUAAGGCAUUUUAUCAUGUUGAUAGCGAAGACUCUGUUCUUCCUGGCGAUAAAGUUGUAUGUACUCAAUAUUCUGAAUAUUCUCUGUUCAAUUUUGUAAAAAUAUUCUCUGGCGAACAGGUAGCAAUGACAAUUUGUGUUCCAUUUUUAGGCGGCUAGAUGUACUUACAAUUCAUUGAAAAGAGAGGAAACCACAUAUAUUGGGUAAGCAUAUGGUUUCAAUUGUAAAUGUGAGAAGAGUGUUUCAUAUUUGACUCUACCAACAGCGCAGGUUUUUUACAUAUACUUCAUUUUUCUCUUGUAAUAACGCUGGACUAUUGUUGUACCAGAGAGCCUCUUCCUGGACCUCUAGGGAAAACAUUUUAAAACUGACCUAUCCAUUAUUUUUGUUUCCAGUAUAAUCUGGAGAUCUAUUAUUCCUUUAUCGCUCUGUGAGUCACAGGUAGCCUGCGUUGCAGACGGUCUACACACGUAAAAAUCUCACAACUUGUCAACAAGAUGUGUUCGCAACAGGCUUGCAGCAAGCUUGUCAACCAGUUACAACAUUGCUGUUUAUCAAGUUGCUACAAGGUUGUCAGUGUGAACUUGUUGGCAAAUUGUUGAAUUGCAGGACGAGAAUAAGUUGUUGGAACAAUUUGUAAAAGUCUGUUGAGCUCAAUAACCUUGUAGCAAGUUGUCAACAAGCCGUUCACAACUUGUCAACAAGCUGGGAACAAUCAGUGCGCGCACAUCCUGUUGACAAGUUGGAACAGCAUUGCUACAAGUGUGCUGCAAGUUUGUUACAACUUGUGCGUUUUUACGUGUGUACUUGCGACGAAGGGACACUUCGCGGCGGGCAUAAACGUCGGCUUGAUUCUAACCCACCACCCCCCACCCCUAUACACCCCUUCCCAAGUAAAUCCAUCCCUGAUGAACAAUGAUAUUUUCCUCCACAGGGCCACACGUACAGAUGAGAUGUGUAAUUUCUACAUGAUGUAUUGGUUUGAUCCAGCAGAGGGUCUGUCUACAGAUGCUUGUGCUUAUACCGCAUUUCAAUCAGCAGACUACCCAGCGGAGACCGAUGAACCACUAACGGCUGAGAGAAAGAUGGAGAUGAAACGACAGUUGAAUGGUGAGUUAGGGAUGGACCAUUAGAAAAGUGAUGGGGGGGGGGGGGCAAAACCAAAAAAAGUGGCAUAGUGCAAAAAAUUCCCUUUUGAGUCCAGCCAUCAUCAAGUGAGAAAAAUUUCUUCAAAAAUAUAUAUUGCCUCUUAGAAAAUACCCCCCCCCCCCCAUCACUUUUCUAAUGGUCCGUCCCUUAGUUAACACGUGAAGUUUAGCUUAAGCGAAUGGGGAGCUAAAUAAAUUUUCAGGGGGUCAAUCAUUGAACUGAGGUCAACUAAAACAACAAAGGAACAAAAUGGAGCUGUCAACGCAUUUUAUGUAAAUGAGUUCUCCGACUAUUAUAAAAGCCAAUAUGAAAGCUGUCUUUUACCCUUGACACCAUAGACCCUUAACUCCCACGUGACGUCAUAUGAAACCCGCGAAUAUAGGACGUAUGUGUUCCACUGAUCCAAAACUUAGACUGGAUAGAGAAACCUUUUGAACUCAGGGAAUUAAUUUUGAAGCCAGAAUUUUUAUGAGGGGAGAUUUUAAAUCUGUCACAUUCCUUACGAAUCAAAUCGUUACUUGUUUAAAUCAGUUAUGCUAUGAAGCAAAUAUCUUCUUCUAUGUAACGUGAAAGAUACAGCUUCCCGCAUUUCUUCUAAUGAGUUUUAGAUCGUUGUGAACACGAGAUAAUGAGACUUGAGGCGGUCAUUUUGGUGUGACCUCAUUGAUUGUUUACUGGCUAAUUCCAGAAGAAAAGAGAGGUCACAAACCAAUUUCUUUGUAGACAAUAUUAUUUUAUUUCUACCAAUCACCAGAAACUUUAAGAACCUCUUCUAAUAUGUCAUCAACACCACAGUAGAUUUGUGCUGGUCACAUCAAUAUGGCAGCCGUUGGCUUCAUUUAUGCAUUGCAGAUGCACUAUCCAGUGCUAGUUUUUUGGAGAUCAGUGAUGUGUUCAUAUUUCGCUACAAGUUUAUAUUAAGAAUGAUUUACUGUAAUUAGAGAUGGGGGGGAGGUAAAUAGAGGCUGGGACUUAUUUCUGGGAGGGCUAAUUGGAAGGGGGUGGGGUUAAAAUGAGGUGGGGGCGACUAAGUAGAUUUUAGUGUUGAUGCCAAGGCAUACUCGAAUUGAAACGACCAACUCCUAAACCAUUGUUUCGAUUUUAACCCAGAUCCUGAUGAACACGUCUUUGAUUCAGAAAGUGAAGAAAAUUGGCAAAAAUAAUCAAUAAUAAUAUAAAGCAGCAAGAGCGCAAGAAUGAAAAUACUGUAUAGAAAUUCACUUAUAUCCUUAAAUAGAAAUCUAAACAUAAAUUAUAUCGUUAAUAAAACACACUUCUUUUAUUUAAUUCUUGCAAAUAGAGAUCUGUUAGUUGUUAUUAGUUACUUCUAAAGUAUGUGGAAUUAGUUCAUGACUAAAAUUAAAUAAAACAUUUUACAGUAUUUCAAACUAUCUAGAGUUUGUCUGUUUUUCUUCGAGUAUGUCUUGGUAACUUGUUCUGAUUUGGGUUCGGUUCGAAUAAUUUUGGUAUUAAUUAUUUUCCAUCCAACAUUACACCUGCAAACUUGUGGUCGGGCAUUGUCCGGCCAAGACUUUUGUCCGAUCAAAGCUUUUUAUGACCGGACAUGUGACUGACAGAUUUAGGCUGGUAAAAACUCCAAUCUAAAAAAAAAUGAGCCGUAGGAUUUAAUUACCAAUAUUAUUCAAAAUCGCUCUCGUAUAACUUGGAAGAAGUUAUGUAUAACCCUGACUCAUCAUAUAGUGAUGCAUUAGGACUGUCAGAUAUAUGCUCAGUCGCAGUUGAUUCAUUGCAGUGCGGAUUAACAUGACCAGCCGAAAUGCAUCGUGCUAAUUUUCAAAAAUAUAUGAAAAACUUGACUUUGACCAUUGUCAUUGUCCGAGAGAAGUUGAUAAAUGUCUGGCCAAUUUUUGUCUUGGCCGGACAUUUGUUCUUCCGAGCUGUUCGUAACAAGUUGCUACGAGCUUGUUGUCAUCAUCUUGUUAACAACUAGUUACGUGCAGACGAUAUCAGACUGGUUGGAACAACUUGUUGCGAGUCUGUCGGCCUUGUCAACCUUGUUACAAGGUGAUAACAACUUGUUCCAGACUUGUCAACACCUGGGAACAAGCAGUGGGAACACAUCCUAUUGUCAAGCUGUGAGAUUUUCACGCGUGUACAACACGAUGAGUACAUAUUGGUGGUAUGUUUUAGAUGAAGUGGAAGACAAACACCUUCGUGAAUUAACCGAGGUCUUAAACUGGCCUGAAAGCAACCCCCAGCAUAAAGUUGGUCAAAUUGCUGGAGUGGCAGUUCAAACUACAGGAGAUGUUGUUAUCUUUCAUCGUGGCGACAGAAAGUGGGAUUUGAAGUAAGUUAAUAGUUAUCAUCAGUAGUGGAUCCAGGUAGGUUUUUUCAGGGGGUGCUGUGCGAACAGCCAAGCACACCUGAGCCCAGCAGCGUAUUCAAAGUAUCAAUCCAAACCAACCACCAACACUGGACCCACUAGUAUUUUGAACUAGUGCUAUGGUGCUGCCUUGAAUUCCAAAACUAAUAACAUACUUUGAAUACCUCAAACAUUUAAAAGUAAGAUAAAUUUAAUUUUUUGCACAAACCCCCCACCCUUGCACCGCUGUUGACCAAGGCCAACAGGGGUGCACACCCCUGUGCACCCUUCCUAUAAAUCCACCACUGAUUAUUAUAAUCCAUCAACGUUUGACCUUGUUCUACCGAGCAGGAUGGGCAAACUUUUGGAAUACAGGUAGCAGUUGAUCCCCUUACUGCAGAGUUAAAACUGUUACUGUAGGUCGAGGUUAGGAUUUUCUUAGGUUGGAUAACUUCCCUUUACUUAAAAACACGUUAACCAGAUUAUGGCUGUGUUAAAGUAGGUUUAAUUACCCCUUACUAAAAGGCAGCCAUUACCUUGGUGUACUAGACCAAAUUUGUUUUUCAAAUUUCAUCUUUUAGUUUGAAUUUUCGAUGCCCUCUAAUAAUUGGAAAAACGGAAACUUAUUAUUUUUUCAUGUACAUUUCAUGUUUACAUGUACAUUCUGGUAUUCCGGGAGGAUUAUGUGUUCCCUAUAGCAUACGCUUGCUUGGAUGUGCCAUACACUUCAUUAUUUCCAAACUUUUCUCAUUUUCCCAGCACAUUUGACCAAAACAAUCAGCUUAAUCCCAAGUUGAGAGAAGCGGCAAUCGCUCAAGAUCCUGUUUGGUUUCUGAAGAAAGAGACAGGAGAAGUAUCAAGAACUUGGGGCAAGAAAAAGUAAUUUGAUAUAAUACUUUUAAUGUGAUCAGUUUACCAUACCAUAUCACACCCCACCACCAUACCAUACCAUACAUUACACCAUACCUUACCAUGCCACACCAUUCUAUACCAUCCUUUACCAUGCGAUGCCAUACUACAUCAUAACACACUAUGCCAUACUUACUAUGCUAUUCCUUGCCAAACUAACCAUACCAUAAUACUAAAGUGCCCUGGUACUGGUUGUUUAAAGCUGAAUCAGCACUAACCCUGGGUUAAAAUUUAACCUGCUGUUUCAGUUUGUGUGCUUCAGCUCGUCUGUUUAUGUCAAAACUUUAGAAAAUAAAACUUCUGUUGAUCCAGACAAGAUUUCUAGAGAAAACUAUAUCAUUGUUUAUAUAGACAAGCUUUUGGGAAGAUUGCUUUGAAGAUUUUGUUAACCUAGGAUUAAGCUAACUGGCAUUCGAACAAACGUCCCCUGGGGCCGGUUGUUCAAAGCUGAAUUUGCGCUAACCCUGGGUUAAAAGUUAACCCGCUGUUUCUGUUUGUGUACUUCAGCUCGUCUGUUUGUUUCAAAACUUCAGAGAAGAAAACUCCUACAGGGUCAGACAAGAUCUCUGAAGAAAUAUGUCCAAAUUUUAUAAACAAGCUGUUGGAUAGUUUGCUUUGAAUUUUAGGUUAACCUAUAGGGUUAUGUAAUGCCUGUAAUAUAGGUGUAAUCUUUGUGUUUUAGGUUUCAUUUUCCACAUGGUAUAACAAUUGAUGAUGAAAAUAACAUGUGGUUCACAGACGUAGGAAUGCACCAGGUAUUAGGAACAUUGCAAGUAAAAAUUUAGUUAAUUUGUCUCACUUCAAAGAGCCUAACUAGCAAAGCACUAUUUCAGAACAAUCCUCAGAGAUACGAAAAACCAGUUUAAAACUGGUUUAACAAAGCACUAAGUGCCAAUAUUACCCUUGCAUAUUAUCAACUUUUAGGUAUUCAAAUAUUCUGAAGAUGGGGACAAACUCCUGGAAUUGGGUAAAAGAUUUGUCCCUGGGAACGACAGGGAACACUUUUGUAAACCUACGGAUGUCGCAGUGGAAAAAGACGGCAGCUUUUUUGUCUCUGACGGGUAAACGCAAUUUAGACAUUUUUUGAGUUUGAGUUUAUCGAGUUUCUCAUUUAUUGGUGAGCGGAUUAAUUUCCCAACAGGCUUUGCCCAAUUGAUAAGGGAUCCGAGGUAUGUACGAUUUUAGUAUAGGUAAUCAUGCGAUGGCGAGUACAAUAAUUAGGGAUUAAUUCCUAAUUGUACGAGCAACAGCGCAUGAUUACUUGUUUAUUAUUAGCAUGACAAAAUUGGAUACUUCUCAAAGUCAACAUCAUAUUCUCUCGCCGAAGCCCAGUCCUGCCAGACUUUCAACCAAAACUUUGUGCUUUUGUUCGUAUUUUCAUCUAGUUCCUCUAGGGCAAUUUCGGUUCACGUUUGUGUUUAAAAUACCUUUCCGCCAUUUUGUUUGUUUUGGGAAAAUCAUUAAUUGUACUGCAGUACAAUUAAUGAAAUGAUUGUACUCCUCUCAACCAAUCAGCAUCCAGUAAUUUUGUCAUGUUAAUAAUAAACGUCGUUAUCCGAGAAGACGCGAAAGGCCAACCAUUUACUGAUGUUAAUGUAAAGGUAGCACUUUCUCCUCAAUUAUUUUAAGACCUUGAGUAGAGGUCCGACCAAGGAUUGCACCCAGGUCUCCCAGCGGCAAGCGUGGUGACCACGACAAGUGCUAGUUUUAGCUGUUUUUAAACUCAACUUAUCAGAUUUGUCUAAACUGUUCUCCAUUCGUGUUCAGAAGGGGCCAUGAUGGUCAUUCCUGAAUGAUUGCUCCAGCCGUGUUACUAAUGAAGAAACGUAGUGUCACAAGUAAAAAGUUCACAUCUUGACAUUCGCCUGUUUCUCGAAAUUGCAAACCAAAAUAUCACGUCCUUACUACAGAAAUGUCAAGGGAAAGGGUUUCUUGCUUUUGUAAUUUAAUUUUUACGUGAUAUUCUUUGUUAAGUAUCCGAAUGGAUAAUAUGACAAAAUCUUCAUGGGGAGACACACUUGGACCCCCUCCCAUCGGCCCUACCUUGGGCACCACAUAGCUGUCUACCUCUUUCAGAAAGCCUCCCACUUCAACUUCCAUUGGGAUUCCAUGGUACAACUGCUUGCAUAUUGCAGGAAUAAAUCCGGCACUAACCAUCAUAUUAUAUUAAAUACUAUUUAUAGCUACUGCAACAGUCGUGUAUUGAAGUUUUCUCCAAAAGGAAAAGUCGUGAUUAUUAUAGACGAUCAUCUCUUACUCACGACACGUAAGUAAGAUGUACAAUGAAAACAGCCCUUAAGUGGCAAUGCGCCUUGAUGCGCCCUCCCAGGUUGACAAUCUUCAAUCUUGUCAAGAUCCCAGAAAGAUCUUGGCAAGAUCUUAUCCAAGAUAUUGGCAUGAUUUUCCCAAGAUCUUAUCUAUAAAUCCUGCAAGUUAUGGGAAGAUCUUUCCGAGAUCCUGCAAGAUCAUGGCAAAAUCCUGCAAUUGUCAUCAACUCUCAUCACAGUUUAACCAGAGGAAAGUUGAUGAGAGUUGGCAAGCGAGGGUUUGCAUGAGAGUCAACCCCAACUUUUCGGUCAAACGAGGACACGAGUUGCAAGAGGGUUCAUGGGAGUUGGUCAUACUUAGCCUACACGCGUAAAAACGCUGAGCCCGCUGUUUAACAUGAUUGAACAAUGUUUUGCUGCCCACAUUGUUCACACUUGUCAACAAUAUUGAACAAUAUUGUUGAGCCUGAAUCGGGUGCAACGAUAUCGUUCAAUAUUGUUAACAACUGUGAACAAUGUGGGGCAGCAAAACAUUGUUCAAUCCUGUUUUCGUCGACUAUUGCAACGACCUGAUCGUUUUUAGCCGCGCAGAUUAUUUUAUCUUUACAACAAUGGACCGUUUGCAUUAUAGACUAAAUUUUGAUCUAGACAAAAAUUUCAUCACAGCUUGAAAGAGCAUCACAAAAUUAGUAAUAUUCCAAAGUUUCGUUGCGAAAUGUUGUAAAAUGCGGAUAAUAUAUAUAUAGCCUUGCGAAGUUUGCCGUUUUUCAGUCAUUUUGUAUUACGCACGGGAAAUUGACAGCCCAAUCGGGUGUUGGGGCAUCAAUUUCCCGUUUGUAAUACAAAAUGACUGAAAAUUGCAAAUUUCGCAAGGCUAUAUUAUCCGCAUUUUACAACAUUUCGCAACGAAACUUUGGAAUAUUACUAAUUUUGUGAUGCUCUUUCAAGCUGUGAUGAAAUUUUUGUCUAGAUCAAAAUUUAGUCUAUAAUGCAAAUGGUCCAUUGUGUUAGUACUUUCUUAACUGUGUCUAUCCUAACCCACCCUGUCGACUUUCCCUGUGGGAGGAAACCGGAGCACCCGGAGAAAACCCACGACUUUCGGCAGAGCGUUGACUGACUCUUCACAUGAGUCUGUAACUCUUUUCAUAUGAGUCCGUAGCGAGAAUCAAACCCACGAUCUCAGAGGUGAAAGACGCAUGCUCUGACGACAGCUGUGUUGAACUGUUGUAUUUUUUCUUUCACAUUUAGCUGGAUUCCCGCUUCCACGGAGCUUCCUCAUCCCACACAGCUUGUCAUUGGACCACCUUGGAAAAUUAUUGUAUGUCGCAGAUCGUGAAAAUGGUCGUGUGUUAGCAUUUGAUAGCCAGUCUGGAAACUAUCGUGAACACUAUACGGGAUUUGGAGAUAAAGUCUUUGCUAUUUCCUUUUCACCAUUGCAUGGUACGCUGAUAUAAAUUAUUAUUAUAUGGCUUUUCAAUAUUCUCUAUUCUGAUUGGUUGACAAGCGGUUCGUAAAAACCCAUAUCUGGACCGUGGUCUAUAUUUUCCGUAUCUGGAUCGGUGUCCCGGAUAUCGUUUAUCUGGCGGGAAGUUUUUGCUUUGCAAACAGAAAAAAUUUUUGCUUUUUAAUUUUCCAAUUGUGUGUCAUUAAAAUUUACAGAUAAAAAUUUCAAACAACCAAAUUGUUUUUGAUUGAGCAUGCAUGCCUACCGUAUAUUGUUACUUAGUGAAACUGACGAUAGCCGAUUUAAUUCGCGCGAAAAGCAUAUGCUCACACACUCAGUUCAGCCAUGCAAUAAACUGAUUAUUGACCUCGCUUGUUCGGUCUGUACUGUGAAAUAUCAGACCUCUGUUUUUCAUGGACCUCGCUCCUUCGUCUCUCGGUCCAUACUACUUCGGUCUGAUAUUUCACAGUACAGACCGAACAAGCGAGGUCAAUAAGCCGUUAUUUGUAAUUUAACAUUUAGGUAUUUUAACUUAGUAAUAGGUAAAGGUGAUCUUUAUAUAGGGUUAACCUCCAGAUCUCCUGCAAGGGCCUCAAUAUUAUUGUAGGUACUUUGAAUAAAUUAUUGAUUGAUUAUAAUAAUUUGAAGUUUGUGGCCAACAAUCAUAAUGCGAGACAAUGACGGGGCUGGUGCAAAUUAGGUUGCCAAUAUAUAACAUUUGAUGGGUAAAGGAUAAUGUAGAUAGAAAUUGUUGAGUGGAAAUUUACAUACAUUAAUCAGACCUAACCAGGAACAGAAGCGAAAAAUGCAAUCGAUAGACCUCUGGCAGGAAUUGAACCGGUUAACUUAAUCCUAGAUUAACGUAAACUACAAAGCAAACUUUCCAACGGCUUGUUUAUAAACUUGAAAAUAUUUUUUCUAAAAAUCUUGUUUGGAUCAAUAAAAGUUUUAGUUUCUCACGUUUUGAAAUCAACGGACGUGCAUAAAUGCACAAAUCAAAACAACGGGUUAAAUUUUAACCUAGGGUUAGCGCUACUUGCGAUUUGCAGAAGCAGCCCCACUCCCCAGACCCAGCAUUAUUUAGUUUAUUCAAUCUGCAUUCUACAGGUGGAGUGUUGUACGUUAUUAAUGGUCAGUCGCCGAGCCAACCGUCCAUUUAUGGAUCAACACUUCAUUUGAAGACAAAGAAAAUUAUCCAGGAGUGGCUGCCAAAAGCAGUAAGUAGACAGAAUUGAGUUGCUGCGCACGCCGUAAUGUGCUGUUGUGUGAUUUAAAUUUCACCUCGGUUGCAUGUUAAAGGUUGAGUUAUGUACAAUACAUCCGUCUGUUGUCAGAUGGUGAAGAUGGUAAAGUAGGUGUAAGAUAAGAUGAUUUCAAGUUAUCGGUUGUCGGGUGGUGUAAGGUGGUAUCAGAUGGUUCUACACGGAGGGUCCUGUCAGAUGGUAAAGAUGGUGUCAGGUCGUCGGGUCGUGUAAGGUAGUGUCAGAUGGUUCUACAGGAGGGUCCUGUUAGAUGGUAAAGAUGGUGCAAAGUGGUGUCAGAUGGUUCUGCACGGAGGGUCCUGUCAGAUGGUGUCAAGUCGUCGGGUCGUGUAAGGUGGUGUCAGAUGGUUCUACAGGAGGGUCCUGUUAGAUGGCAAAGAUGGUGCAAGGUGGUGUCAGAUGGUUCUACAUGGAGGGUCCCAUCAGUUGGUGAAGAUGAUGUAAGGUUGUCGGGUAGUGUAAGGUAGUCAGAUGAAUCUACAGGGAAGGUCUGUUCAUAGUGAAGAUGGUGUAAGGUUGUCAGGUUAUAAGGUGGUGUCAGAUGGGUCUACAUGGAGGGUCCCGUCAGUUGGUGAAGAUGAUGUAAGGUUGUCGGGUAGUGUAAGAUAGUGUCAGAAGAAUCUACAGUGAAGGUCUGUUACAUAGUGAAGAUGGUGUAAGGUUGUCAGGUUAUAAGGUGGUGUCAGAUGGGUCUACAUGGAGGGUCCCGUCAGUUGGUGAAGAUGAUGUAAGCUUGUCGGGUAGUGUAAGGUAGUGUCAGAAGAAUCUACAGGGAAGGUCUGUUACAUAGUGAAGAUGGUGUAAGGUUGUCAGGUUAUGAGGUGGUGUAAGGUGGGUCUACAUGGAGGGUCCCGUCAGUUGGUGAAGAUGAUGUAAGGUUGUCGGGUGGUGUCAGAUGGGUUUACAGGGAAUUAAGGUCCAUUAGAUGGUGAAGAUGGUGUAACAUUGUCAGGUUGUCGGGUGGUGUCAGAAUGGUCUACAUGGAAGGUCUGUUAGAUGGAUAAAUAUAAUAGAGAUGUCCCAAAUAAAUGAACUUAGUUUUAAUUGGUCGGGCGAGGCGAAGUUGCAUUUGCACUCCGACGAGUUUACAGAUUCAUUAAGGUGUGUUGUUGUUUUCUAGGAAUUUACAUAUCCGCACGAUAUCACAUGUGACCAAUCAGGGAAGGUCGUUUAUGUUUCUGAGAUCACCUUGCCUGGACGACUGUGGAAAUUUCAAGAAAGAAAAUAAUAACAUAGGUAACAAAUUUUAUUUAUCCUUCCGUUUGCACGAAACAGUGAGCUCUUUCUAUAUAUACAUGGAGUAAUAUCCUCGUCAUUCCGCUUAUGAGAAAAGUGAAGUUUUCGCCAUCUUUAGCUUCACUUUUUGCACGUGAUUCUUACUCCAGAGAUAUAUACAUUGAACUAUAAAUAAACUGGAAGGCUAACUGCUAUGAUGAAGGCCUAUGAUUUGAUGAAGCCAAAAUAGUUUUUCUGAGUUAUGAGCAGAAAUACCUGAUCCCAAACGUUGGGCUAUAUAUCAAUUGAAGCUAUUGAAAAUUGCUAUUCGGUGUGGAAAUUUCAAGACUACAGGGAAAAGAAAAAUAUUUUAAAAAUGCAAAAACAACUACAAAAUGGCAAAUUAUCGGCAAUUAUUUUUGUAGUUUUUCAAUAUUUCCCUUUUAGCUAAAAGUCUUGAAAUUUCUACACCAAAUACCGUUUUUCAAUAGCUUCAGUUUCAUAUACAGCACAACGUUCAGUGUUGAGUAUUUCUACUCAUAACUCAGAAAAACUAAAAUGCACUGGCUUCAAUCCCCCCCCCCUGAAUUAGCCUUCCAGUUUAUUUAUAGUUCAAUGGUUAUAUAUGCAGCUCACUGGUUCGGAACACUGAGCUCCAUAUAUACCUGGAGCGAAAACUCGAAUCCAAAAAGUGAAGCCAAAGAUGGAGCUAUUGGACGUCAAUUUCAAUUUCCUUUCUAUUGUUUUUGUCUGGCAAGGAGUGUGCCGAAAUUUUGCGUUUUGACUUCGAUUUAUAGAAUAAUAUUAUGAUUUUAUGAACUGAAAACUUGAUUAGCGAUACGGUCCGUUAGAAAAAACUGGAAUUAGCUGGGGAAAAUGGUAUAAAAACUGUUUACGACCUUCAGAGCUAUUGGACGUCAAUGGCCGCCAUCUUGGUUUUACUUUUCUCAUAGGCCGAAUGACUGAAGUUCUUACUCCAGAUAUAUAUAGAGAGUUCACUGGUUCAAAACUGGAUGAAUUCGGCGGAAACGUACACUGCAAAACAUCCCUGAGUAUUUUACUCGAAAACUUGAGUAAAAUAAUGCACUCACCAGUAGUGACUAAGUUAAAACUUUUGAGCAAAUUUAUUCAAUUUUUUUAGAUAAGAUUUACUUCACUAAAAAUUAUAGUAAAUUUGCUCAUAAAUUUGAGUAAUUUUAUACUCAAUAUUUUAAGUCACUGUGCGUGCAUUUUUAAAUUGAAGUUUUUGAAUCUCGCGAUUUGUCCUUAGGGUUCAUUUCCGGCGGGGGGGGGGAGGCAUGAAACAGGACGAAUUUGGGCACAGUUAAGUUUACGAACUCCCAGACAAAUUGCGUACGGCUUCGAAUUCCUCCAGUUUCGUGUAAACGCACUCGGAAAGCCAUGUAAGUGACGCGAAGCGAAAAACAAAUCUUGGCAAUGUGAUUGGUCAGCCAAAAAAGCCGCCGUGAAAAAGUUGGAUCAGUUCCUACUUUUUUACUGUUCGCGCGAACAAAUUCGCCUAGUGGAGAACGGGCUUUACACGGUGCAAUUUUUGCUGCAACUUGCAAUGCAAUUUCGGAAACAGAGCCAUGUUAUCUGAAGAAUAUUCGAAGGCUUGCCAUAUAUUGUUUAGAUAGUUGUAUCUCAAUAAUUCCGCGAUAUCCAGACAAGGUUAGAUCUGAAAAAUUUCACUCAAAAUUUCCAUCUAUACAAAAACAUUUCAACUGUUCUAUCGGGCGCGAUGCCCAAAAAUCUUGACAUCUAAAAAGUAGUCACCGGGAAAUUGUAAGUAUGGCCCGCAUUCUAUUCCGCCGACACUUUCUAUACAUAUGGCAAUAAAAAAUUAGUUUAGUUCACUUGUAGUUUUCAAAAUGUUUCAACUGAAAAGUGAGCUGUUCGCCAUCUUGGAUUAUUGAGGAUAUGCAUGUCACGUCAAGAGAGGGGUCAUGCCAAUUUUUUAUCUUGAGAGUAAGCGAUCAAUAUGGGUCCAAAACUCCGUUUCUGGUUGCUGUCUGAAAUUUAGAAAUGAUUAAAAACGUUUCAAACAAUUUUGGAUUGUUCCUCGACCAUUUUAGAGUAGUUUUAUAUGGUUAACCCAACUCCUGACGUCAUCAAAACCAUAGUUAAUGAGGUCAAGAAUUAGUCCAAGAUAGCGGAAAGCUCAUUAAUUUCGGUCUAAAUCUUUCGAGAACUAAGCAAGAUAUGAAAGAAAUCGGUAAUAGAGUUUAAUAUAUAAUUUUAAGAGUUCUUUUGAAUGAAACAAGCUAAUUUUUUAUUGCAUGAAAAGUGAAAGAAAUGGAAUGAAAAAUUCCACAGAAUCAACUGUUGGCCAUGCUAAUAGUUUUCCAGCGACUACUCUUUAGAUGGCUCUACGUCAGAAAUUGUGUUGCAAGUUGCAUAAAAAAUUGCCUCGUGUAACAUGGCAUUCAAAGGCACAGUUCAGCUUUUUGAAUUACGGUUUUUAAGGCGCAUCACAACCCUUUUAAUUGAAAAAACUAACUAGGAAAAUCAAUCUAAUAAGCAUAAUUCAAGAUCAGUGAUCUCAAUGUUUUUAACAUUAAAAAUUUUAAAAAAAUGUUUGAAAUAUUGAGAUCACUGAUCUUGAAUUCUGCUGAAUUGAUUUCUAGUUUUUUGAUUUCUACUGAUCUGAAUUGAUUCCUAGUUAGUUUUUUCAAAUAAUAAAAGGGUUGUAAAUGCUCCUUAAAAUCCAUCACUUUUUAAUACGAUUAAAUAAUUGACGUAUAUGAGGUACACGCUGUAUAGGUGCAUGAACAAGCAUUUACUAUGCGGGUCAUCGUGAAUGCGUAAAAAGAGCUGUUGUUCUACGAAAUAAAUAGUCUAUCAAGAAAUUUGACUGGACGUAUUCAUAAAUACGUUUUUGGGGGUACUGUG